AUUAACCCUCCACCUUGUGUACCUACUCAGCGAGGUGUAAAGCCCGCGGGUUUCGCGAUGGUCGCGAGGCCAUUUCCGCCCCUCGUCAACCCCGUGGUUUCCUCUACCGAAAUAGAAGGAAACCGGAGAAGUGUCAACCCUGAAAAAGGGCUCCCGACCCCAGGGAAACGGUUUCCUCCACCCUACCAACGCGUUUCUAAUCUCAACUGGACCAGUCUUCUUUUCUAGUCCAACCGCAAGCUAGAAACUCGAUCCUGACCAAACCUUGGUUCACUCUGCCGAUGCGCAGUGCCAUGCAAUGCGUGACAUUGAAAACAAUCAUCAUCGCGUUACCUGCACCGGACAUAAUUAUCCCUGCCAAUUGUCGACGGACCGACGAAUGGACGGAUGGACGGCUGGCUCUGUUCUCUCCAGUCCCAUUCUGCCAGUCGUUUCGUUGUUCGCAGUCCGGGCGAUUCCGACUACUCUUCGUGCUUUCGCUCGGUCGAGCUGAGAUAAGCGAAAAUCCGAAAAUAGAGUUUCUUCGCACACAAGAUCACGAGGAGCGUUGCUUUGCGCUGCUGCUGCGCUAACGUUGCAGAGCAGAGUUUAGGCGCUGGUUUAACCAGCUGCAGUCUCUCGCCUGGAGUCGGUCUCGUUGCGUUGCCUGCCGCGCGUUUCUAUAAUCGGAGAUAUUUAUCCCGUCGCGUUUGAGAUGAAGAUCUCCUCCGCAUCGUCGGUUCUGGAUUAGUCCAAAAGGCUCUCGCCGAUCUUUGGACUCAGGCAUGCGUCUCAAUUGGGAGGGAAAACAUGGGGUCGGUACGAUUUUGCUAACCGAGGUGAAACUGCUGUCUAAUAAAAUUAUGUUAACGAAAGAAAGACGCUGUACCGGGCAUCGGGUUUUUUGAAUUAAAGCACAGAUCUCGCUCCGAAGCUGACGGUGUGAAAUAAUCUGACGGCAUGGAAGACGACGACAAACUGGCUCUUGCCAGCGGACAGAUCGACGCCGAUAUAAGGAUGAUGGCGAACCGAUUGAACGUUUUGAAAAUGUUGAACGGAAAUAGACUCGCUCGGGUUCGGGACUCGAUCGAGAAAUUACCCAUAAAGCUGACCCUCGGCAACAUCGGGAUCUUCACGGUCUCACUCGCCGCCAUGAUGCCUCGACCCUUCACUUACAUUAUCGUGUAUCCGAUUUUCAGAUUGGUAUUCGGCACCCUUUACCCGGCCUACGCGUCCUACAAAGCUGUUCGCACGAAGAACGUCAAAGAAUACGUGAAAUGGAUGAUGUACUGGAUAGUAUUCGCGCUGUUCACGUGCGCCGAAACCUUCACCGACGUCUUCCUUAGCUUCUGGUUUCCCUUCUACUACGAGAUAAAAAUCGUCCUUGUCCUCUGGCUACUCAGCCCGGCGACCAAGGGAUCCAGCAUCCUCUAUCGUCGGUUUGUUCAUCCCGCUCUCAGCCGGCGAGAGGCAGAAAUUGACGAGGCUUUGGCCCGAGCCACCGAGCAGGGUUACACCGCAGUUUUGCACCUCGGAUCAAGGGGUGUAAACUACGCUACCACCGUUCUGAUGCAGACCGCCAUCAAGGGUGGCGGAGGCCUGGUACAACAGCUGAAGAAGAGCUACAGCCUGAGCGAUUUGACGGGUGAAAAGGAGGACGAGAACCGAAACACGCCUGACAUGCGGGACGAGAUAGAUAUGCAAGUAGAACCUCGCCGCAGAGAGAACGUCGGGAGAAGGGGGUACAGCCCUCGCCGUACCCAGUCAGGCAGCAAUCGAGUCGAUAUGUACUUCUCCGAGGUCGACGUCGACGUCAGACAACCCAGGCCUCGGGAACCAGUAGCUAGUUUAUCCAAUAUUAGGUCGUCCGACGAUAUAUCCAGCGGAUACAGCAGCGGGGAAGCUCUGCACUCCAAUCGUGCCGGUUCCCAGGUCGAACCGUUGGUCAGGACGUCGAGCGUCGGCGCAAGGACUCGCCCAAAGCCAAGGUCAACCACGAAGAAGACUCCCGAGGAGAGCGACGAAGAGGCGAGCGACUCGUUCCCAGCACUGUUUUAUCCGGGAAUCCCUUUUCCCAUUCCACCCUCCCAAGCCCUCGAGCUUUUUCUGGCGCUAUCGCACGCCAGUGAAAUAAAUGGCGUCGAUUACGGUUCUCUUAUCGGUACCAAGAGCCGCGUCCGCGUCUUGGAAUCGGCCGAAAUCGUCGGCUGCAAUAACCGUGAGGACGAAUCCUCGUCGAAGGAGUCGAGUCCCGAGUUCCUGGACUCGAUUUCCGGCGAUCCGUUUCCGGACGCGACUAUCAGAGUCGAGCCGGAGAAGAUCGGCAUCGAUGUUCAGAAAAUAACCACCGAGAUUUGUCAGAGUAAAUUCGAUGAGCUUCGGGCACUGCUAAACGGCGCUACGAGGGCCGUCCAAGGCCUCGACGAACCCUCAAAAAACUCCCUCUCACCGCCCUCGGGAUCUCCCCGUGUUUCCAGAAGCAGUUCGGACUCUUGCGACAGGGCCGGAAGAUACAACAAAAAAAGAGCGCCCCUCGUACCGGCUGCCAAGAGCGAAGAGAACCUCGAGCAGGUCCAAACCGAGUCGGCCCUGAAGGCACGGCUGGUGAUAAAGACCGGGACCGUCCGGACCUUGGCUUGCGUCGAUACCCCGAAGGAGGUCUUCGUCUCCCACGGGAAGAAGUCGAAGGCCGCGAAGACGAAGGAGGGACUGUCUAGGCUGCUCACCAUCCCGAAGACCAUAUUCCACACCGCGUUUCAUCACAAGGACGACGAUCCUGGUUGUCCGAGUAGCUCCAGGGGUGGCAGCAGAUCGGGAUCAAGGUCCCGGUCGGUCAGCAGAGGGUCGAGGGGCUCGGAGGGCGGCGACGAAGCGACCUCGACAUCGGUCUCGAGGCCCGUCGACGUUCAGACCGCGCUGCUCAAUGUCGCCCUGGACUCGAAGGCUCAGACUUACAUCGAUCUUAGAUCCGGAAGCGUCGACAGCUAUCCUUCCGAUGAAUCGAAGAGCGAGGAUCAGGAUAGGACAGCGUACGAACGCGGGGAGUAUGAGGAAAAGAUGCGAGCAGAGCGAAAGGAUCCUGCCGAAGAGGACGAGGGGACGAACUUUGAUACGGAGCAGGAUAAGACGCGAAUCACCCUCGGAGAGCCGUCUCAUUUGCCGAUUCGCGGUGCUAGGAAUUACCUCGAUAGCAUUGAUUAAGAAGCGAUUUUUUUUUACCCCGGGGUUGUAGGAUUGAAAAUUCUACGAAAUCGUAUUCUUUUUUUAUUUUAUAAUCAAGUGUUUUCAGAGCGACAGUAAUUAGGAUUAAAUUAUAGCAAUUGAUUCAAACCAAAUUCCAAAAUACUAAUCAGCGCACAAGUUGAAUUUUUUAUCUCUUACAGAAUCGAUCGCAGUUUUUCAACUCUUUUUUUCUUUCGAAACUACAAUAUCGGUAAAAAUCGGAAUGGAAGUAUAGAAAAAAAUUGCCAACAUUGUUUAUAUUUUUCCACAAUGAUCGUCCGGCCUCGAGCUCGAAGUCAUAUUCUUUUCUUGAAACUCUAUCCUGCUUCAAUCUAUCCUAACAUACCGCGUAUAUGCUCGCCUCUGUGGAUCGCCAAACCUAGCUGGAAAGGGAGUUGAAGACCGAAGGAUGUGGUUACAUUAAACACGUACGCAUAAUGGACAUUAAUGAAAAGUGAAAAGUGGGAAGUUUGAAGGAUCGUGUGUAUUGUGAAAAGAGAGAAAAAUCACGUGUACAAAUAUUUAUCGCUUGAGCGCAGAAAUUUUUGAUAAAAUGUUACGUCUAUUGCCUGCCAUAUUCGUACACGCGAGUCAGAUAACAAGCUUCGCAACAUUACCUCGCACCAAAAAGCCCGGGAAAAAAAAGGUCCAAUGAAACUUGCCAGCUGCUGACCGCAUCAACGAGUUAGACUGAAUAUUGAAAAUUUCGUCGCGACGAUUUUUGGCGCAAAUAACCUCCUUCGCUUAACUGCUAAGCUGGUAAAAAAACAUCAGUCUGAUGGUCAGCAGCGACCCCCAUGCAUUAUAAAUGACGAAAAAAUUAUCUUAUACUUUGCGAAUUGUGCGAUCAUCGUUUGGUACCAUUAUACACCUUGCCAGCUGCGUAACGCCGCCACUAUCGCUUCGAUUUGCUGUGAAAUCUAAGGCGAAUCGUUACUACUAAUUUUCGGAAAUUUCUUCUUAAUCGUUAAAAAAUUUUACGAAAAUUCGUGCAAACUUCCUGGCCACGCAAAAUCACGCACAUUACGCCGUUUGUACUCAUUGAAAUGUUUGUUUUUCUCUACGUCAUUUACUUCCUUGCUUUUUUCAUGCAUUUUAUUAGCUUUCUCCUCUAUGGAACAAUUAUCUCGGAAAAAACUCGGAAUUACGUCACAUGCAUAAAACAUGACCUAUGAGGAUAUACCUAUAUGAUUUAUUACGCACUGUAGCAUUUUUUUGAGAGUGAAGAAUUGAACUUAUUUUAUUUCGGAAUAUCUUAGAAAUUUUGAUUUUUUCUGGUGGAUUUUAGUCAUGCAUAUUUCACGUUCUGCUAAUCAACGCGUGUGAUAUUGUAAUGUGUUAGGUACGUCAGUACGAUAUUCAUAUUCCAUACAUGACAAAUACCUUAUUUACCUAUACAUAUGUAUAUCAAUUGGUUGAAUAAUUCUAUGAUUGCAGAGGUAACGAUUGAUUCCUAUUGUGAUAAAUAAAUAUAGUGCAUACCUGUGCGCAGGUAUAUAGAUAUUUUAAACGGUCGUUAAUUCAAAGAAUCUGGAAAAUGUGGAACAUCCUACUACGUAUUGAACUCUAGUCAAAAAGGUCUUUAAACGAGAUAAUCUAGUGAUCAGUUUGAUAUAGUUAAACUAUACACAUAAAUUGUGCCACGUAAUUUAGGUAGUAUUCAUUGAAUUACUGCUAUAACAGUAAUUAUCAUUAUAUGCAGAAACUGAGCUGUUUUCCACGUAUUCUUUGGUUGCUAAUACGUGUGUAUACCGAUUGCAUUAUCUUCUCGUUAUAACAUGCUCAGGUGCAAAAAGAGGCUAAUCUGCACUCUAUCUCAUAAAUAUGUUCUCGAUUCUUGCCAACAAAUUUUUAUAAUAAAAAAGUUUUUUAAAUUAUGCAUAUCCAUCAGACGCGAUUAUGUUUAGGUUGACGAUUAUUUACCUUGUUUGAUGUUCCACCAAUAAUUUGGGUAAAAAGGGUUGAAAAUCAGUCUUAGAUGUAUAAUAUGAAAUGUUUGAUAUUCUGCGAUAUAAUGUUUUGAGGCUGAUUUAUAAUAUCGCGGAAACUUGCCGUUUCUUAUCGAAUGUGGGUACGGAUUUUUUUACUGAUCUGUGAAUAAUAAUCAUUGUAUAGCGUGAUAUACUUUUACUAUUCGACUGUAUUAUGACAAUUUUCGCGUUAGCAAAUGACUAGACUUGUUUCGAAUUAUACUUACGUAUAAGUCCCUAUAUGUAUACUCCCUCUCUCCCUCGUAUUAACGAUGAUUAAUUUAUUUGGCGCCUUGAUUGAAGAGCUGGGCGAUAUCAAUGUCGAUACACGUAUACAUAUUAUAUCUAUGCAUAGCUAUAACUUUGCGCGGAAUUGACAGAGCGUGCAGCAUCAUUAUUGCGAAUUAUAUUCUAGAUGAUUUAUUUAAUAAUGUUGAAUCAAUUUUUCAUAUAGUUUAUAUUAUACUAGUACAUAUUCGUUUUAUCUUAUUGUAAUUACUAAUUGAAUAGGUGUAGCAUAAAUUUCGCCAUGUAGCAGGGGCUUGGCUAACAUUAACGGCAUACGAGGCCAAUCAGCAAGCUUUACGCUCGAAACGAGUCAACGUAAUCCAAUUAAAAACUCGCUACAACGACUAUAAAUUCUUUGCGACGAGUUGCACUCGUACGAGUUGACCAUUUUGACAUUUCCUUGGCUGUAAUUCACAAGUAUUUAUGUAUGACAUAAACUUUUCGUAUUCACUUGAUACAUGAUGUAAAUAAUGUUCUUCAACAUUGUAAAUGAAAGGCGAUAGGCUCAAUCUGAAGAGCAGUGUACCGCGUAAAAAGAGCUUACGGUACAAGAUAUAAGAGAAUAAUGUUUACUUACAAUGUUACUCUAAAAUCGUGUUCUUUUUUUAUUCGAAUCGUAUGUUGUGAAAUCUCUUAUAUCUACGUAGUAACAAUUAUAAUUGUGUGACUAAGUAUUACCAUUACACAUAAUAUCGUGGUGCUGUGCAAGAAUUACAAUUCGUUUUAUACACAUGCCGAUGAAAAUUAGUUAAUUUAACAAACGGCAUCGCUGCUGAACGAAUUGUUUGACCGUAUCGUGCGAAAUUAUAUUAUAUUUAUCUGCAUCGCAUGAUUGACGUCUGUGUUGAUUAAUUGUGGAAUCCAGUAAAGGAGAACCAAUUGAUCGAUUGAAAAAUUCUUAUAAUGUGAGAUUGAAAUUGAAAGAAAUUUAAGUCAAUUUUGAUGGGUUCUAUUCCGAGAUCUUGUAAAUUACUAUUGCUCAACUUGUUUAAGCUUGCAGAGUGCUCGAUCGAAAAUCAUAAUUCUCCUUCAACGUAUUUACGGCUGACAGAAAUUAUCGAUCAUUGAUUAAUAAAAACAAUGCUACUCUUUA